AUGCUUGCUCCAAUCCAAGGUACUAUGAAGAGAAAGAUCAUCAUUGACAUCACUGCCGGCUUUGCCAUUGGUGGUGCCAUGGGUGCAUACUGGUGGACCAUUCACAAAAACAUGGUUGCCACCAGAGAGAACUACUAUGCUGCAUUGGCAGAGAAGAAGAAGAUUGAAGAAUCUGCUUAA